UCCGUGGAGAGGCCGGCGGUGAUAGAUGUGAUUCACCGGAGUGGUACCGUGCGUUGCUGUCAAAGAUUCAUUGCAGACUACUACAAGACCCAACUGUCGGGGUGCAUAUCCGGUGUCAAGGAGACAGCUAUUGCUAGAGCUGUUGCUCGUGGGUUGCUUGAAUCGAAGCCUCCUAUACUGGCCACUGAUUCCUAGUCUUUGUCUACUUUAA